AUGGCUUCUUUCGAGGAAGCAAUCCUACCUGAUCCGCCUCGCAUCAAAUCCGAAUUUGACGAAGAAUACAUUGCCACCUUCGUUACCGCCGAAUCAGACGCUGAAGUAAUCAUCUCUGACGAUGAAGAAGAUGAAUUCGAUGAUAUUUUCGAGCCUGGCCCAGAAUGCUUUAUCAAGGAAGAGUUCGCCCCGGAAGAGUUCACGCUGGCAGAGCUCAUACCUCCGCAAAGUCAAGUCAUCGAUUGUUUCCAUGAGGACUUGAAUUCAAGCUUCACAAGAGUACUCGGCCGAACAAUCGACUUCAAGAAGCCUGGAGCAUGUUGCCGAACGCUGAAUUCGGAAAUUCGUUUUGAGCUACAGAUCCUGCCUGUUGAUGUGGACUGGUGCAACCUUCAAGCACAGACUCGAGACGCGGUCAUGAGCUCUCGAUUCAUGGUCGGCUCAUGGUUAACCCCAGAUGGAGAUAUCAACAUCAUCAUGACAAUUAACCCGCUAGCUGCCUAUUCAGCCGACAGAUACGCUGUCGCAGACGAAGGCAAUGCACAGAUCUGUCUUCUGACCACCACAUCCCACCAGUGCACACCGCUUGCAUGGAAUGACGAAGCCGCUACAGCCGAGUACCAGGACAUCGCCAACAUCCUGAAGGCAGAUUUACGACUCAACCACCAUGAUGUCUCCCAAACGCUCAAGUUUCUUGCCAGAAACCGUGUCAGAUGGCAGGAUAUCAGUGACCCUGUUCUACAGACAACUGUCGCCGCGCUCAAACUAUACCUUGCAUCUCCCCACUCGACGAAUGGUUCCGAUGCCGUUUACGAUGUAAAUCAUGCUCUCAGGCUCGAAAACUCUGGAUACUGCACCACCGUUCAGAUGCAACAGCAGCGUCAAGCCUUGAUUGGGGUAUGGUUUUCUGGCACCUGUUUCCUAAAUUCGGUCCGCACACUGGCUCCGUCCUUCUUUCUGGCCAACGGACAGCAUGUACAUGUCAUGGAAAACAUUGCCAGCAAGAGCACACCUGAGCGAAGCACAUCGAUCAAGAUCUUACGCAAGAACAUCGGAGUAGCCAUGGUGAGCCGUGUGGUCACGACGCAACCUCAAAGGCUCCAGGAUGGCCAACAUCUGUUCAGGGUAACGGGCAUGCAGUAUCGAGGCAAAUCUUCUCGACAGCUUUCGGCAGCACUCCGAACAGCUCUCAAGAUCACCUCCGAUAUCUAUCAGGGGCCAAAAUUGGCAGUUUCGGUCAAGACUAGGAUACCAGUCAGAUGGGUUUUCGUCCUCCGCCAAUCCACAGAGGAUGGCACCCCACCAAGAACUUCCAUUCCGAGACAAAUCUGGACCAUGCUGUGCAGCAACGAUGCACCGUUCAAGACUCCCGCCGUUGGUGACAAGAUUUCAGUUGUGAUAGAGUUAUGCUCAUCCAACAAACAUCCGAUCCGAGACAGAAACGUUUUCGCAGGCAUCCCCAGCGACCUUCCAAUUGUAUUCCUGACUGCGAAUCCUGACCGCCUUACGAGAAGAUCCGAUAAGGUCGCCAUCAUCUUGAAAAGGGGUCAAUGGUGGACGAGAGGUGUCGGCAAUCAGUCCAGAGAAUGGGUCGAUGUGUCGAAACAGCAAAGUCUGAUCGAACAGCAGAUCAUGAUUGGACGCCACACCGCAUCUGAGGUCGGCAAGUAUAGCCUCAUGAAACGAGCAAUCAUACGCACAAUGUCAGCGGCAGAGAAGGACGAUUCGCAGUAUCAUGCCCUGCGAUACAUUGUCGCCGAAGCUUUUCGGCUACAUGAUAUUAGUGUCGCAGUUAUUGUUUGCAGAGUUUCACCGCCUGCUCGUGGUACUACUGAGCGAGAUGGUGUGAAACCCUCUUUGCUACGCCAGCAGAGAUUCAUCGAAAGUUUGGUGCCAGAUGGAAUCCCAGUCUCUUACGUCAAAGCCAAGGAAAUUUCAGCAUAUAAAGAAGAUUUCUUGGAAGUCCUCUCGACGGAACUGGCAUCCAUCCCCAAGGCCAUCGUCCUCUCAACAUCCGUUGACCGGAUCUCACGGAAUUCGAAAUCAUGCGAGUUGCUCAGGAUCGUUCACGAGACCUACGGUCAUAUGUUCAUGUCCUUCCUUUGGAGUGAUGACACUGAACUGCCUCUCGAAGAUGCUUUGUACCUUUCUGGAUCUUUGGCCCAUCCCAAUCUUGUCGCUGCUGAUCAGGUCCUGGAACAACAAAGGCGAAGCCCACCAUCCAAUCGCAACUGUCCGGUUGUGAAGCCUGUCUUAUGGAUUCCGUGUGCACCAAAUCUUCAAGACUAUGUCGACUCCAAAGUUUCCGCAGCCGAGAGUUACGCCUGUGCGUCUGCUUUGAGAUUCCAAGGUGAACCGUCAGCACAUAUUCCCGCUGCAUUGACCAAAGUACCAACCAGGCCGUUCGACAAGACUCACACCGAGCAAUGGGACGAAUUCUUGAACAGUCAGGGCCACUAUCCUAAGGGUGGGAAGUACGGCAAGUAUUGUUCGAAGACAUGCAAAACUGCAGACGAUGAGAGGAAGAAGGCCAUCAUGAAGGCCAAAUCCAAGCGAAACACUAAGAACCCCGGUAAGGUUUUGACCUGUACCCGCAAAAGUUGCGACAACACGAAAGUUCAAGGAGGUCAAUGGGGUCAUUACUGCUCGGCAGAGUGCAAGAUGGCAGGCGAAGAUGGUUAA